AUGCGAAUUUGCAAGCAGAUUGAUCCGGUGAUCGACAUUGUGAUCAUCGGUUUUGGCGUGCGUAGCCAGCUGUUCGUUGACAAGUUCCUGCGGAAAAAUGAGCUCAAGGGAAUAAACAUAAUAAUGAUCUGCAAAGACAAUUUUGUGUUUCUAGAUCCCUACGUACAAUGUGAAGAUGCCUGCAGAGAGAGCUACACGGAUGUGUAUAAUUUUUGCAAACAGAGAAACAUACUGUUUAUAAAUGAAAAGGUGCAGUACGUACACACAGAAAGUCGGAACAUCUUUUUUGCCUCAGACAGGAACCCCUUGAAUUAUGAUUUCUUGUUGUGUGACUUUGAUUUUAAGAGCUCGGAUCUGUUUAAUACUGACAUGACUCACAUGAAUAUAUACCCUUUUCGAAAUAAAAAUUUAUUUUUUUAUCAUGUGCAUGUGAUGUAUCUCGCGCUACUGCAGUCGACAAAUGUGGAGGAGAACAGGAUGGAUGUUAGUUUGUAUCGUCAAUGCAGAAGGGACAUUAUGCAAGGCAUCCCUGUGAAGAGGUUCCUUAACUUCCAUUCGUACAAUGAUAGGUACGUGGACGAGAUCUUCAACGCUUACGGGGAGGUGAGGCAGUUGGGUAGGGUUAUUCGUGGGGGUGCACAUAAGCGAAGUGAAGUCAACGCAGGAAAUGUGGUUAAUGGACGCGUCCUCCCAGAUGCCCCUCUGCAAGGCAACAACGCAGACCAAGAUUCCACCCCCCGCAUCCUCCUUAUCACUGACGAUAACAUGUUUGGGAAGUGCUUACAUGCGGAGGUGCAGAAGCAGCUAAGAAGAAUAAACGCCAAGGUUAGUUUACUCUACGUUUAUGUAUCUUCUUCGAAGAACGAAAAGUUGGACCUCCCUUGUACAGACUACUUAUUGGUUAAGGAAAUAAGGGGAGUAAAACAAGAAGGAGAAAUUAAAGAAAUAAAAUUUUUCAACAUUUAUGAGGAGGAAAUUAUAAUCAGAUAUGAUGAGUGCAUAAACGUUGUAGGGAUGAGGUACCCUUCUUAUGUAUCGUCCUUUGGCGAGGACGCCACUAAAUGCUUGUCGGUCAAUACCUUCUGCCAGUGCGUAAGAGACGACUGUCUUUAUCCCCUUAACCAAGUGAAGAACUACAAUGAUUAUGCGGUGUGUGAGACGGUCUACCUAAACAUAUACAACAAGGUGCAUGGGAACGAGUACAUUAGCAUAGAACAUGUGAAGGCUUACAUACUGACCCGUGAUACAGAUGAGUUAGGUGUUUCCUACCUUCUACCUCCGACCCCGCACCCAUUUAAUCACACUGUAAAUUAUUCCUACCGCAUGGUGUCGUACAUAUUAAGGAGGGGCUACUCAUUUAUAUCAAGGAACCGCUUCGUACAAAAUGGGGUACUCUCCAUAAGGCACAGAAGAAGGGAAAUGGAAAAGUACCUAAAUGGGUACACGGUUAGUGGUAGCAGGGAGAUGUUUUCUCCGCCUUUAAUAAGGAUUUUUUCUCUUCGUAUCUUCGAAAGGGCUGCUCAUUAUGUUGACCUCCUCAGAGGAAGAUUUGCUUCAGAAGAUGGCACAAGCAUUCCCAUGUAUGCAAAGAAAGAGCAGCACAAGGAUGAGGACUCAUCUGGUGUGAACUGCAGCGAUAGUGGUAGCACCACGGCGAGCAGAAGUGGAAGUAAUAACAGGAACGAGGAACUAUCCACCCGGAAGAAAUGUGCAUCAUAUGGAAGCGUGCAAAUGCAAAGGACAACAAGUUCCCUUCUUCCAGAAUAUAUGUACAGUGCAUAUCAAGAGGAAUAUGAAAAGAGAUUACUUGUUAGUAAAAAAACGGAGUAUCAGGUUGCUGAAGAGGAGGGGGAAAAUGGAAAAACCACUACAAGGAUAAUUGUGCAAGAUGGUAGCGUUCAAAAGGGAAUCACUUCGAAUUGUGACACGAAUAGGGAAAGAGUAAAUUCAUACAUUAAAGAAAGCAUUGAGAAAAUAAUUAACCGAAAUACUUGCGGAGGAUGUGGGUCCAAGGUCCCUUCAAACGUGCUAUCUAAUUCGUUGAAAGGCCUAUCUGUGUACACCUCACCAAAUGUAUACCUGGGUAUUGAAGCCUGUGAUGACUGUUGUAUAUUUGUGCAUAGUAAAUCAAAAAGGGGAGAAGAAAGCCCUGCACUUGUUCAAACAAUAGACUUCUUCAAAUCAUUUAUUGAUGAUGAAUACAUAUUAGGGGAAAUAAUUGCCAUUCAUUGCUUGUCCGAUGUGUAUAGCAUGGGGGGGACUGGCAUUUGUGCCUUGUGCGUAUUGAUUGUGAAGGAUAACAUUGAGAAAAAGCUACAGCAGAGGUUACAAAAUAUUUUAACUGGGUGUUGCCAGAAGUUGAAAGAAGAAAAAUGCGUCUUGAGUGGGGGCCACACCUGUGCGGGCAAUGAGAAUUACGUCGGUUUGGCCGUCACGGGGAAGGUCAAAAAGAGACGCAUCUCCAGCGAGGAUGCCCCCAAGGGGGAUCGCAGAGAUAGGCCAGAUAGGGUGAAAAGGAGAAAGGAAGAGGAGAACCCCCGGACAGUCGCAACAGAUGCAGCGGCUUCAACGGUCACGAGUGCUGCAGGUGACCAACAACGGGGAGGCGCCGCCGCCGAUGACCUACCCCUCGUUAGCAAAGAACACAGGGACGCAUUCGAACGACACCAAAUGAUGAAGGAGAACUACCUGUUCCUACCAAAGGGAAGCGGAAGCAUAAAGACAGGAGACAUAAUCAUUACCACGAAAAUGUUUGGCUUUGGCUUCAUCAUGGCUGCACAUAUAUGUAAAAAGGCAAAAGCUAGAUGGAUUUACAACUGCCUUGACGAAAUGCUCCUCUCAAAUAGAAAGAGUGGCUUAUACCUUUUGCAGAAUAAUAAUGCGAAAGCUUGCACCGAUGUAACUGGAUUUGGAGUCCUAGGCCACCUUAACGAAAUGAUCAAGUGCUCUAGGAGGGAAAUUUAUUUUGAUGCACUCAUGGGAAAGAAGUCCCUGCAGGACAGCUCAUCACACAAGGAGACACAGGAAAGGAAGAACAGAAGAGUGGAUGGUGGACAGGCUGACAAUGUGAAGGAAUCUCCCAUGAAUCUAAUCGGUGCAAAAAUAAAUCUCAAGAAUUUCAUAAUCGCAGAAGGGGUUGAAGAGUGCAUCGAAAAUAAUAUCUUUUCCUCCAUGUACAAGAAAAAUCACUACUUGUGUAAUAACAUUAUAAAUUUGGAAGAAGCUUCACUGAGUGAACGGUAUGGACUUUUGUUUGACCCGCAGACCAGUGGGGGCCUCAUGGCCAUUGUGGAAAGGGAGAAGGCCGACCAAAUUUUAACAGACUUAAAAAACAUGGGGUACACGAACAGUUCCGCAGUAGGCGAAAUUAUAAAUGUGCAAGAUUAUAAAUUUAAAGGGGUGCCCAUAAGUCAGGUUUCGUUGGACGAUUAUUUGGACACCACCAACUCCGUGUACGUUGAAUGGUAA